GUCGGGGCUGGUAUAGAUGGACGGAAAUGAUAACGGACUAUUCAAGAUUUAACUGAAAAAAUUUAUUAUACUUAAAUGAUAUGAUAGGCAAUUCGAGGGCAGAUGGUAUAAAAGCAGCUCACCAUCAGCAGCCAUCACGACUCGCUUGGACCUUGUUGUUUUCACUCCCCCCUCUCUUCUUAAACUUCUUUCUCUACUAUGGCUUACAAGUCAAACGCUCCUCUCUUGGAAAAGUAUCUGUCCUUGGAUCAAAAGGGCUCUAUUCAAGCAGAGUACAUUUGGAUCGACGGUAGCAACCAACUUCGCUCCAAAACUAGAACCUUGAAGGAGGCUCCCAAGUCUGUUGCUGAUUUGCCUGAAUGGAACUUCGACGGUAGUUCCACUGGUCAAUCUGAAGGCCAUGACUCUGAUGUCCUCUUGAAGCCUGUUGCUAUCUAUGCUGAUCCUUUCCGCAAGGGUGAUAACAUCCUUGUCUUGAGCGAAACCUAUAACCCUGAUGGCACUCCCAACAUGACCAACUACCGUGCUGCUGCAUUGAAGAUUAUGGAGGCUCAUGCUGAUGCUCAUCCUUGGUUCGGUAUUGAACAGGAGUAUAUGUUGAUCGAUGUUGAAACUGAAAAACCCUACGGCUGGCCCAAGGGCGGUUAUCCUGAAGCUCAGGGUAAAUACUAUUGCGGUGUUGGUGCUGGCAAGGUCUUCGGACGUGAUAUCGUUGAAGCCCAUUACCGUGCUUGUCUCUACGCUGGUGUCAACUGCUCUGGUGUCAACGCUGAGGUUGCCCCCGGUCAAUGGGAAUACCAAGUUGGUCCCUGCGAAGGUAUCACUAUGGGUGACGACCUUUGGAUGUCUCGUUACCUCCUUAACCGUGUUGCUGAAGACUUCAGUGUCAUCGUCAGCAUCCACCCCAAGCCUGUUGCCGGUGAUUGGAACGGUGCCGGUUGCCACACUAACUACUCUACUGCUGCUAUGCGUGAGGAGGGUGGUAUCAAGGCUAUUGAAGACGCUAUCAACAAGAUGAGCUUGCGCCACAACGAGCACAUUGCUGUCUAUGGUGAAGAUAACAACCUUCGUCUUACUGGUCGUCACGAAACUGGUCACAUUGACACCUUCUCCUAUGGUGUUGCCAACCGUGGUGCUUCCAUCCGUAUUCCUCGUCACGUCUCAAAGGAAGGCAAGGGUUAUCUUGAGGACAGAAGACCCGCUUCCAACAUUGACCCUUACCGUGUCACUGCUAUUAUUGUUGAAUCUUCAUUGUCUGCUUAAAGACUUUAUUGUAAUCAUUUCCCUCCUCCCAUUUACUCACAUCACUCCCCGAUAUCAUCUAGCUUGAUGCUCUAUUUUUUUUUUUCUUUCUUUUAUCUAAAACCACAUAAACUAUAAAGAAAGCUUCCACUGAUACAGACUGGUCUCAGCUCCUUCAUUAAGGACAUAUCGCAUGAACGUAUACCCCUUCUAGAUCAUCUAAAAGAAAAUAAAAAUCACAACUGCAAGGGUUUGGACACAAAUACACAACAAAUUUAAUAAGCGCCUAUCGCAUCUGUGCCCGUGGCCACUUUUUAACGCCAUUGUGACUCCUCCAUCAGCUUUGCAGAGCAGCACCGUGCAUUGCAUCGGCUAAAAAACCCUUG